AUGAUCCCAUACAAUAUCUUAAACAUCACUAUUAGUGGUCGAAUGAAAGAUGGAUGGGUGAUCAUCAACCCAAGAACAAGGGCAAAAAUGGAAUUUCCACCAGAAGAAGAAGUAGAAGAAGAAGGAGAGAUGGCUCUUCCAAUCAGUAGCACAUACGGAGAUGGGCAACUGAUUCAUCAUGAUCACAUUCUCCCAUUAUCACUCCAGCACCACCAGCAGCAGCAACCACCACCCUCCGCCACAUCCAUGGAGGACAUCAGCAAGAAGAUGGCGGUGGUUGUACGGUAUAAAGAAUGCCUGAAAAACCAUGCAGCCGCCAUGGGAGGAAAAGCAACAGAUGGGUGUGGUGAAUUCAUGGCUUGUGGUGAAGAAGGUACCCUUGAAGCUCUCACUUGUUCAGUCUGCAACUGCCACAGAAACUUCCACCGGAAAGAGAUCGACGACGGCCAUCACCACCACCACCACCACCCCAUUCGCACCACCUCCUACGACUGCAAAUCUUUUGGGUACAACCACAAUAAUGCAGGAGCACUUGUACCAUCCAUUAAAGGACCACCACCAAAGAUAAUGUCAUACAAUAUGGCAAUGGGGUCCUUCCCAUCAGAAUCUGAUUACCAAGAAGACGGUGGUGGAUUUAUGAGCAGACAUCCACUAGCAGCGGGAGCGGCACCGGCACCGCAUAUGGCUGUGAAGAAGAGGUUCAGGACCAAAUUUACACAUGAACAGAAGGAGAAGAUGCUGGUUUUUGCAGACAAAAUUGGGUGGAAGAUGCAAAAGCAAGAGGAAUCAAUGAUUCAGGAUUUCUGUCAAGAAAUUGGGAUCAAAAGGAGAGUUCUGAAGGUUUGGAUGCAUAACAACAAGCAAAAUCUUGCCAAGAACACAUGUUGCAACUCUAUCUCCAUCAAUCCACCUCAAGAUCCAAAUUAG